AUGGCCCAUUACUGUAAUAGCCGCAACGCUGAAAAUAUGCCGAUAACGGGAACGUACCCCACAUCAUCCACUCAUCUAUUAUUGCCGAUGACACAAGUGGUGGCAGUGGCUGGUGAACCGGUGUAUUUGCCGUGUGACAUCGCUACACAGGAUGAAGAAGAUGCAGUGCUUCUGGUGCUGUGGUAUCGAGAGGAUCUGGGCACGCCUAUAUACAGCGUGGAUGCUAGAGAAAAAGAUUUUGGUGUAGCGGAAAGAUGGUCCGACGAAAGUGUUUUUGCGUCAAGAGCCUACUUCCUACCAGAAAGAAGACCGGCCGAGCUAGGUGUGGAUAAAGUUCGAGCCUCCGAUCAAGGAAUAUAUAGAUGUAGAGUUGAUUUUAAACAGGCACAAACUAGAAAUUCAAGAGUUAAUUUAACUGUUAUUGUACCACCAAACAAAAUGAUAAUAACGGACGACAAAGGCGAUGUGAAAGAGGCCAUCGUUGGACCCUACGUCGAGGGAGACACUUUCACGCUUAAAUGCGAUGUCUCUGGAGGUCGUCCACGACCCUGGGUGAAAUGGUUUAGAAAUGAAGUGGAGACCGACACUCCAGCAACUACACUACAGGGUAACGGCGUUAGGGGUGUGCUAAGAGUGGGCCCUUUGACCCGAGCCGAUGUCAGGGCGACGCUUACAUGUCGUGCCUCGAAUCAUUUGAGAGCACAUCCUAUUGAAACUACACUCACAUUAGACAUGAACUUUCCCCCCUUGAACGUACACAUUCUUGGCUCGAAUCAACCUCUAUCAGCGAGCAGGAGAUAUGAUCUUCUUUGUCAGAGUUCCGGGUCACGUCCGCCCGCUUCAAUCACCUGGUGGAAGAAUGGACACAGGAUAAACAACGCUAAAGAAACGCUAUCUACUGAUGGUAACACCACCACGUCAACAGUGUCAAUACAAUUAACCAAGUCCGACGCGGGCGCCAAACUCGCGUGUCGAGCGUCAAAUCCUCAAAUGGCAUCAUUACCAGCUCUCGAAGAUGACUGGGUUUUAGACAUUCAAUAUGUGCCCGAAACGGUUGUCCGGCUCGGCACUAAUUUAGACCCGACCAAUAUUAGGGAAGGGACCGACGUCUACUUCGAUUGCAUCAUCAAAGCACAUCCCUACGUGUACAAAGUCGAGUGGAGACAUAAUAGUAAAACACUCCACCACAACGUGGGUCAAGGUAUCAUCAUCAGCAAUCAGUCGUUAGUUCUUCAAGGCGUUGGCAGACGAACAGCUGGCAACUAUACUUGUGUUGGUUUCAACGCUGAAGGUGACGGCGAGAGUAAACCGUUUUCAUUGGAUGUUUUAUAUGCACCUACAUGUCGGAGUUCUCAGCAAAGGGUUCACGGUGUGGCGAAACAGGAACGCGCGCAUAUAACUUGCCACGUAGAUGCUAACCCCCCUCAAGUCAGCUUCCGUUGGACGUUCAACAAUACGGCGAACAGUAACGAAGUUAGCGAUACUUAUGUGUCAAGAUCAGGAACUAGUUCCACGGUCACUUACACUCCUCAUACGGAGAUGGACUACGGAACUCUUCUCUGCUGGGCUCACAACCGCAUUGGGAAACAACGGGUUCCCUGCGUUUAUCAUAUCAUUGCUGCCGGUCGGCCAGAUCAAGUGCAUAACUGUACAGUAGUUAAUGCUUCACUGACAUCGUUCGGAGUUCGAUGCUCGGAAGGUUUCAAUGGUGGUAUGCCUCAAUCGUUUCUGCUAGAAGUGAGAGAAAUUGUUACACAAGAAAUAGUUGCCAACGUUUCGAGCGCAGUGCCAAGAUUCACAGCCGUAGGUCUUGUACCAGGCCGUACCUAUGCAGCGGCUGUACUUGCAUAUAAUGCGAAAGGCCGUGGGGACCCAUACCCCUUGAGAGCAAGUACCCUUCGUCCACCAGAGAAACACCAUGUACAUGAUAAGAGUUUGGAUUUACCACGAACGGCCUUUCAAAUGUCCGGAGCUAUGUCAGCGGCUGUGGGAGGUGGUGGCGUUCUUAUGGUGGUUCUGGUAUUAUUUAUGGUGGUGGUGCGUCAGAGAUGUGCUAAAAGGAAACCACGUUCAGCCCCACCACCAUCACAGCCAGCGUCACCAGAUAAACUACGUGAAAAAGAUGACAGCGAAAGUGACGAUAGAAACCCGGAUAUUAUACCUUCCGACACAGAUCAUAGUUUACAGGUAGAAUAUUUUCGUCAGCAGCAAGUAUCCACUAUCUCACCUCCGUCACGGGCGCGCGGUUCCAUUGCCGGCGUUCGAGCAUUGCCCGGGUACUGCGCCCUUAGAACCGUAAGGGAUACGCCUAACCCAACGCCGGGUAUACCGCCGCCCGCGGGUUUUGCGAGCGGGUCGUGCACGUUGCCGCGUAACGCGGGAUCCGACCGUUGUAUACCCAUGCAGCACUUGCGCACCCUGCCGCGUGCGCACCCACACCCGCACCCACAAACGCACCCGCACCCGCACCCACAGUCGCACCCACCGCGCGACACACCGCUCUGA